ACCCUCGUCGUCGUCGUCAGUUUGACGCCGCGUGCGAGCGCAUACAGAUCCGUCGCGAUCGCGCGAGAGGGUAAAAGGACUGGGGGCAAAAACUGAAAGUUCGCUGGUCCUCUUCCAGGGAAUCGCCGUAAAAUGACCGCCGACAGGGCGAGUCUGCACACUCGAUCCGUCGAUCCAACUUGAAACUGAUGAGAGAGAGCCGAUCGGGAGGCGCGAAAGAAAGAAAGGCACGCCGUCAGAGAUUCGCUGCCCCUAAUGUAAGGUGGAUCGCACGCGGGUUGUUUCGUUCUUCUUCUUCUUCUUUUUUUUUUUUUUUUUAAUUUUCUUUAGGAGACAUGAGAUUGCGAGGGACGCAGUUCAAUUCGUGCGAUUGCGAGGACUGUGUAGAUGACGUAUGCGCGUCAUGGUGCACGUUGGAUAAACGAUUACGAUUGUUCGGCUAAACAAGCAAGCAUGCAAGCAAGCAAGCAAGCAAGCAAGGAAGUAAUUGACUAACGGGGCAAAUAAAUACGUGUAUGCUUUAUUAACAAUUAGGUGCGCAACAAUGUUUGGAACGUUAACACUAUCAUUAAUCGCUAGCGGGCCGAAAUGGCGACUCGCGCCAACAGAUGAGUUUGCCGUGUACCAAUUUUUCGUUAAAAUAUCAUCAAUAUUCGCCGCGAAUGUCUGUAUUUCUCUCGCGCCGCAACGUGCGAUGUAAUGUGAGUGUGUCGUAAACUAUGACGAUGUGUGUGAAAAAUUGCAAAAUCGCGGGAUUGAGAGGGACAAAUCGGGCCGGUGUCGUCAGUGAAGAGCUCGAUUAAUUGCAAUUUGCAUUUGUGUGAGAUCGCUGCCGAAGGAACCGAACAGUAUCGGGGGAGGAGGAUCGCUCUUAUUUAUCGUUCCGAAUCGCGGGCGGCGUUGAUUCCACGGUAAUUAUACACGCGAUGAACUUGUCGAUCAAACGUAGCCGCGACAUGGCCUCGUCCGGUAGGAGAUCGGUCUGGUAGAUCGAAUCGUGAUGUGACGUUCCCGAAAUACCGAGCGAACGCUUUCGGCUUUGAACACUUUCCAUAUUAGCCGAUCUCCGAUCGAUCCUGCGAUGCAGUUGCGCCCCCCGGGGUUCCCCAACUCCCACAAAACUCCGAUCCACAUGAGCCGCACAAAAAUCAACUGAGAGGUAUUUGCGUGGAAAUCGGAUUACCGCGCGAGAGAAGGAACGAGAGAGAGAAAGAGAGAGAGAGAGAGAGAUAGUGAGAGAGACAUCUCGAUUAGUAGCCCGCGCAAAAACACUUCACGCACGGUCUAAUCUCAAGAGCAACGAGAACGGAUCACCGACGAGAUCGAUUUACCGCGAGGUAUAUCCACCGUUGAGAGCCGCCGUAUUCGUGAGUUUCGCUGAUAAAGGGAGGAAAAAAAAGGAGCAAACAUUGAAAUUGCGCCAGUUUCGGGCGGGAGGUAAGUUGAUUGCGGAGAUGUCGGGAGGAGCUAUUAGUUAUCGAGUCUAUUAAAAGGGAUACUAUUCAUUAAGGGCCAUAAAGUCUUGAGAGAUGUAAGAUUGCGCGGAGAUUCCGAGGAUGCUCGGCGCCAGGAUCUAUUAAAUACGGUGAGGAAGAAGCUGCGUGAGAUUAACAAAGACGUUAGAGGGCCAUUCUCUAUCGGCAAAGGACUUAAAUUAAGGGCCCGAAGUUCCGGGGGUGAGAUGUAAGGGUCGUUAAAUUAAAAUCCCCUAUACUUCAAUGAUCUCGUGAAGUAUAGAGAUAUCGUGUCGUUAGUAGCCGCGCGAUUAGAGGUAUAGUCGUGUUGUAAAUAUGACCGUUGCGUGAAAUUGAUAUCCAAAGUUGUAACGCUGAAAUCUCUCGGUAGAAGCGUAACGAUAGUACACGCCAUAUGCGGGAAGAAGAGAUGGAUGACGGUCAUUUUGGUUUGCGGAGACGUUGAAAUUAAUUACUUGGGCGAGGAGGAGAAUGAUUAAAUUGAUCUCAAGAAACAUAUAAUUGCGUACUAAUGUAUCAGGCGUGGUCACGUUAUCGCGAGCAGCUGUUGCAAUAGCUGUUGUUACACACGGGCGAUAAUCCCACGCCGUGGGAAUGUCGGGAUUGAGAUCGAUCGGGCACGAGGAAACGACGUGCCGUCGCGUGUGGAUGUAACAAGCGGACGGUUUGUCGCGCGGAACGGGGAAGAUGAGCGGCUGAAGAUGAGUGCGUCAGGCAUCUGGUGCGCGCUCAUCCUGCUUACGUUCACGCAAGAUUCCCUCGCGGGCCACCGCGAGAAGGUACCGCCGCAGAUCGAGAAGCCUGCGAAGGAGUGCCUGCGUCAUCAGCAGAACCACCGCUCGACGGCCCUCGUCGAUCGCAAGCUCGUCGACCCGACGGGAUUCCGCGCCGCCGAGGCCCGCCCGACGAUUACACGCGAUCCGAUCGCGGCGGUCGAUCGCUCGGCGGCGGGGACUUUGUUGAAUCGCCGUCCGAUAACCGCGUACGAGAGUCGUCUACGCCGCGCGGAAAGUCAUCCCGCGGAAGUUUCUCCGACGUCGACGCGUCACUCCGCGGAAAUCGCUGCCCUCGACGGCGGCGGCGGCGGCGGCGGCGGCGGCCGGGAACUCCGCGCCGUGGAAACCCGCCCGCAAACGGCGGAAGGCCGUCAUUCCGCGGAGGAAGUUUCGCCGACGGGCAUCCGGCCGAUGGAGAUUCUCUGGACGGAGAGGAUCGAGCAGGUGGACAUGACGAGCAUCGAAAGAUCGCAGAUCCGCCACGGGAGAUCCAGGAGCCAUUUCGCGCGCCAGAAGAUAGAGGAUUCCGCGAGGGAUCCUGGCUCGAAGGACGGCGCGGUAAAUAGGAUCAAGCCCGACGUUCGCGGGGAUCACGAGAAUCACUUCAAGGCGCGUCAAGUGGAAAAAGUGAGUGAUUUUCUGGAGGGAUCCGUUUCACCGAGGCGUAAUCAUUCCUGGCUUCUUGAGCGAAAUUUCUCAAAGGAUAACUCGGUCAACAUCCAAUCUCUCGAUCGAAUUGAGAAUAAUGUAUCAGAAGGACUGGAAAGUUUACUCAAGCUGUAUCAGGGUAAAAGGGGGAGCGUUACCGAGGAGAAUUCCGCUUUUCCCCUCACACGUAAUCUUUCCUGGCUGAUUGAACCGAAUAUCUCUAAAGAUAAUGCGAACAGUCGAUCCGCGGAUCAGGUCAAAGAUGAGACGCGGAAGGAUACGCUCAAAAUGCAUUAUUCGGAGAAUCACGGUGUUCUGCGCUCGACCCUUGAGCUCGAUUCCCUCAAGAGCUCCUACAAGAACGACCCUAUGAGUAAAUUGAGGAAGGCGAUGUCUCUAAAUAAGACCGUCGCGCCGGCAGCUGCGACGACCGACCGUAACACAACGGAGACGUUCAGCAUCGACACGCUCGACGAUACCAGCGAGUCCAUCCACGACCUCGAGGAGGACGUCCCGCAAGAUGUGGCGCUGGAUUACGCGAGUUACGAGGAACCGGCGAACGUCUCGUCGCCCGAACGGCCGACUCGCAGGAGGCCGCAGGCCGCCCAGGUCGACAUCGUGACGCGUUUCCUGCGGAUAAUCGAGAAUCAGCACACCCUGGGGGAGAACUGCACCGCGGGCACCGAUUUGAACCUCGGCGAGGGCGUGGUGGACCAAUACGCGCAGGAAAGAUUUCGCCUGGAGGCGGAAUUCGCCGUAAAUCGUGCCAACAUGCUCACCCGGCUUUGGAAGUACGCGCCGGAAGUGAUGCUCUCCUCCGAGUAUCUGUUGCACGCGAGCGUACUCUCGAUGGUCGAGUUCGACGAGGACAUCUUCGCCGCCGGCAACUGUUACGACAAGUUACAGUACCGGGAUCGGUGGUUGUAUUGCCCGUUCGCCCAUCGGCUGCCCAACCAGGACGGCAUCCUCGUGAAGGACCUCGCGAUCCAGUACAAGUACUUGAGCAACAGCAGCGAGUGGUUCUACAUCGCCAGGAAGAAUGCCGAGAGGGUAAUUGCCAGUUACGAGCAGUUCAGCCGAGGAUUCCACACCUAUAGGUUGAAUGAAAGCGCGCACACGGAAAGGGAGGAGGACGAAAUCUUGACAGUGAAAUACGAGGAUGGCAGAUGGUCGAAACCGUAUUACGACUGCGGGGGUGGCAAUAUCUGGAUGCUGACCUACACCGUACCCUUCUUCGGAUACAUCAACGAUACCUACUUCUUCAAGGGCACCAGCGGCAUCGACAUAGACCUGCGCCGGGUAGACAUAGAUCAGUGCCCGUUGCCGGCCGGAUCCAUGCAGCUCAACAUAUUCGCCGCCAGCGACAAGUGCAAAAAGCGCACCACCGAGUGCAUCGCCAUUCCCGGGCUAGGCUUCCGCCGCGGUAGUUAUCGAUGCGUUUGCAAACGAGGCUUCUACUACCCGGACACGAAAUCGGACAAGAGGUACUACAAUGGCACGGUCAUUGAGGAAGAGUACGAGAGAUUGAUGAUGGGUGAGAAGAACCAAUACGCCGAGAGCGGGGUGUUCGAAUGCCUGCCGUGCGCCGAAGGAUGCGAAUCCUGCGAGGAUGGCUCGCCUUGCGUCGUAUCCCUGAAUUGGCUGAUGCGCACGGCGAUACUUAUCCUGGAGUGCUGCAUCAUCGCUUGCUUGCCAGCCGUCGCCCUUUUCACAUGGAAAUACGGGCAUGUGAAGGUGGUGCGAGCGGCCAGCCCGGUUCUGCUGCGCGUGAUUGUCCUGGGCGCCUUCUUCAUAUACUGCACGACUAUAGUCAUGUAUCCCAGGCCAAACAUCAUCACGUGCACCGUGCGCGUAUGGCUACGAGAAAUUGGCUUUUCUCUCACAUACGGGGCACUCAUGCUCAAAACGUGGCGGAUAUCCGUGAUCUUCCGGGUGAAAUCGGCGAAGGCCGUGAAAAUAACGGACGCGAGCCUACUGAAGCGGCUGGGCAUCAUCGUCCUGACGUUCAGCGUGUUCCUGAGCAUAAGGACCCUGGUCGCACCGCCCGUCGUGAUCGUCGCGCGGACCGCCGACGAUCUCAAAGCGUAUCUCUGCCGUACUGACUGGUGGGACCACAGCUUCACUACGCUCGAGGUGAUGUUCCUCGUGUGGGGCAUCCGGUUGUGCAUCGUAGUAAGAAAGACUCCGUCGGAGUUUAAUGAGAGCCGAUUCAUUUCAAUGGCGAUUUACAACGAAUUUCUACUAUCAGUCUUCCUCAACGUUUCAAUGUUGUUCCUGCAAUCGCCGGCCAAUCCGGAUUUAUUGUACAUCAUAUUUUUCUGCCAUACCCAGCUUACCGUCACACUGCUGCUCUGCCUGAUAUUCGGCAGUAAAGCUUACGUGGUGUUCCGCGACGGAGGGAAGGAGGAGACGAUCGGCAAACUUUGCGGCGCGACCGGCAAGUUCCUGGGGAAAAGCAGUCGUCCGCAGGGUACUAGUAACCAGACCAACUCGAUAUCGCUUCAGCAGGGUAAUUUCGCCGAAGAAAGCGACUCUGUCACGGACGAAUUCCGCCGUUUGCUCAACCAGUUAGAGGUCCUGAAGGAGAAAAACAUAUUAUUAGGAAAUCAGGAGCUAUCCAGGAAACUAGCAGCUAUGCUGGAUGCCUCGAAUCGAGUUGAGGCUCAAGUAUCCACUAUUCAAGCCAUUUCGACUAGCAUCGUUCAGUUGAAUGAUCUCAGUAAAUCGACGAAAGAAACUAAUCUCGGACAGAUUUGUCAGGAACAGGCCCGAGCAGGAAACAGUUCUCAGGGUGAAAACCGAUGUCGCGCGUGUAUUGAGAAAAACGGGCUCGGAGGAAAGGAUGUGCGGGAUACGUCGAAGGAUAAUGAGACACCAGAGUCGAAGAAAAUCGGAAAAGACAUCGCCGUAUCAACAUCCUCGAAGCAUGCUACUGAGGACAUCAGCAAGGAAGUGUGUCACGGGAAAGAUAGCAAGGAAACCGAUUUGAAGGACAAAUCCAGAGGAAAAUCCGGUCACGCUAGAACGCACGCCAUAGUUAUCAACCUCGAUGACAAAAGCAGGUUUUCCGAGGAAGUUACAGUGUAACGCGUUUAUCUUUGAAAUAAGAAAAACGGUGAAAAUGAAUAGUGUAAUUGACGCUCGUGAGUGAAAUAUUACUUAUCAUUUUCAUUGUAAAUUAUAAUUAUCAAUCGCGGACUUUCGGAAAAGUUGACAACAAUUAAUCAGUACGCAAUUUCAUCAAAUAAAACUAAUGAAGAAAUUUUUGCCCAAUAUUUAAUAUUAAUAAUAAUAAUUCAUUGUAUAAAAACAAUUUUAAAAAUUCUAGUUCGUUCGAAUUCAUGAAUUCAUAUCAUGAAUAAAUUAAACUGACACUUGAAAGAAGUUUUUCUGAAUUAAUAAGAUUGAUUAAUCUCUCGAUUGUCGAGCGUAAUAAUAAUUAUUCCGACGACAGGUUGGAAGUUUUAAACGUCGAAGAAUGUCUCUCUCUCUCUCUCUCUCUCUUUCUCUUUCUCGAAGAUCGAUUAAAAUGAUUUGUUGAAAUAAUGAUUGAUCUGAAUGAAAGUUAAUUAAGUGACCGUUUAGUCAUUGUGAAUAAUAAUUGUUUGCAUGUUAAUGAGAGAGUCACGGCACAUAUCGAUUUUUCAUAUUUCGGUGUAUAUCAAGUAUCCGUGAAGUAACCAAAAAAUUAAGCCGUUAGAUUAAUUACAUUGUUGGGCAUUUUCAAGCGAGAACGAUCGCAAUUCUAGUGCGUCAUUAAUGAACCGUUCAUUUACCCUUAGGGAGUAAUCCGCCCUUUCCAACAGCAAAUCGAUCUCAGGCUACGGGCUUUCCAGGAUCAAAAUGUGCUUCGUCAGCGUGUUCGCGGAUCACAAGAUAGCCUACACCUGUAAUUAUGUAUUAAUGUAAAAGCAAGUUAAAGGGAUAAGGCUCAUUAACCCUUUCCAGCUCCCUGAUGCUGCACAGAGUUAAUAAAAUUAUGAAACUGUUUUAAUUAAUUUCCUAAGGAACAUGUUAAAUAUAUGCAUAUAUAUGAAUGUGUAAUAUAAUAUAUUGUGUUAUGUAUAAUAUCAUAUAACAUAAUUAUGUAGUGUAAAAUAACAAUGUGCAUUAAAUCAUGUCGCAUAAUGUUACAUUGUAUUGUAUUAUAUUUGUCAACGGUAUUGUAUUAUAUUACACAAUCAGAGAUUAUAAUAAAUAAAUAUAUAUACAUAUAUAAUAAAUGUAAGUAAUAAAUUUAUCUAGGAAAACAAAUCUGCGAUGUAAAAAUAAUUUGGGCUUGAAAGGGUUAAGGGAAACAAUUUUUUAUGCUAUCUUUCUUUUUGCUAACAAUCUUACAUGACGUGUGCAGAUAUCGGUAGUGAUUCGCUCAAUAAAAUUGCAAGAAUUUUUAUUGUUAUAUUAAAACGCAAUCCGCAAAAGUGCUUAAGAGCAAUCUAAUUCGUGUAUUUUAUUAUUCCUAAAUGUCAAGUUUAUUGAAAUCAAAUAAAUUGUUUGCUUCUCGAAAUUUUAAGCUCUAUUUUUUUUUAGUGUUUUAUUGAAUCAUUAAUCUUCAUUUAAUUAAUUUUUAAAAAUAAAUAUUAUAAUAUCUCAUUUAUUAAUUUUUUUCACAUAUAAAACUUUUCUAUUAAAUUUCUACAGGUAUCUUGAUUUUAUCCAAUAACAGUUUAUGUAAACGGUGUAGAAAUAAUUUACGUGCUUGUAUAUUGCUCACUUUGACGUGAAUAUUACUUUAAUAAUUACCAUCGUUAAUCGUGUAGCUUACUGUAUAGUUUAAGUGAACGCGUUGUAUUGUAAAUAAUAAAAUGCAUAAUUAAUCAAUUAAUAAAGACGAGAUGAAUAAAGUUCAA